AUGGCAGGUGAUGAUCCUAAUGGAGAGAGAAGGGUUGUGAUACCUAACCCCCUCCCUCUCAACUCACACUUGGCCCCCACAGCUUACACUACACCAUCAUGUGUACGAUUACCCGCAAUCACGGCUAACAACUAUGAGAUUAAGCCUGGGAACGCUAAACAUUGGCUUAGUACUUUGCCAGCUAAUUCUAUAAUAUCUUGGGCGCAAAUGAGUGCGGCAUUCCUUAAGAAAUUCUUUCCCAUAGGAAAAAAACUUAGACUUCGGCAGGAGAUUACCACUUUCCAACAAGCUGAGAAUGAACAGUUCUAUGAGGCUUGGGAGAGAUAUGGGGAUCUCAUUCGUAAGUGUCCGCACCAUGACAUACCUAAGUGGCAACUAGUACAGAGUUUUUGUUCCGGGCUGCAUCCGCAGCAUCGUGUAAUGGUUGAUGCCUCAUGCGGAGGCUCUGUGAUGGUUAAGAAUGAAGAGGAUGCCUGGCAGUUAUUUGAAACUAUGAGCGAAGGGUCCCUGCAAAAUGUUUCUUUUGAGAGGAGAACUAAGUCAGUCAUUACUGAUUCUGAUAAGCCACGAGGUAUGUAUGAGAUUAAACCAUCUCAUGACCUCCAAUCUAAAGUAGAUGCACUGACUGAGAAAGUUGAACAGCUUCUCACCAAGGAAUUGGCCACCUCACAGCCUCCACCUUAUCAGGAGGCAUGUUCUUUAUGUGCUAGUCCGGCCCAUUAUAUUGUUGACUGUCCUGCAGCACCACAAUUCCCUUUGUUUGUGCAAGAACAUGUUAAUGCUGCACAAGGGUAUGCCAAUACGCAGGGUUUCUCCAAACCGGGUAAUGAUCCUUUUUCCACUACUUAUAACCAGGGAUGGAGCAAACAUCCCAAUUUCUCAUGGAAGACGGAACACCAGGGUAAUAGUUUCGCCCAGCGGCCUAGGCCAUUCAACAUGCAGUUUAACCCUGCGGCCUAUCUCUCACAGAAUCAGCAACAAGCACAUCCCCAAUCCUCGCGGGAUCCAUCCUUUGAGGAAAAGGUGCUACAAGCACUUGAUAGACUAAAUGACACCCAACAGCAGGUGCGCACCAACACACAGUCCAUCACAAGGUUAGAGACCCAAGUGGCUCAAAUAGCCAAUGCACUCAAUCGUAGAGAAGAAGGUAGGUUGCUCAGUCAACCUGUCCAACCCCAUGGAGGACAGUUUGUGGUUCAUGACUCGCCUCCUGCUGAUGCUAAGAUAAUUAUGACUUUACGCAAUAAGAGAGAGGUCGAAACCCGACCAGAGAAAGUGAAGCCAAAUGAGCAUUUGGCUCCCUCCGACCUCGAUGACUUUGGGAAGGAGAGUUCACAGAGUAAAGAGGGAACCCCUCCAGUCACACCUGCAUCACCCACUUUUGUGUCAGCGGGCUCCAAGGUACCACCCUAUGUGCCUAAAGCCCCGUUCCCAUCAUGUUUGAAUGCACCAUCUCCCUUUCCUAAGAGGGGAGCAUCUAUGGAGGAUAUCCUUGAGGUUUUUAAGCAAAUCAAAGUAAACAUUCCUCUCCUAGAUGCGAUCAAACAAGUCCCCACUUAUGCUAAGUUUUUGAAGGACCUCUGUACUCAAAAGAGGAAAUGUAAAACCAAUGUAUCGAAAAAGGUCCUUCUCACCGAGCAAGUGAGCUCAGUGUUCCAAUCAAUUGCUCCCCCUAAGUUACAAGAUCCAGGCACCCCUACUAUUUCCAUAGGAAUAGGGAACCAUGUCAUUGAGCGAGCAUUGCUAGACUUAGGGGCUAGUGUCAAUUUGAUACCUUACUCGGUGUACGAACAAUUGGGGCUUGGGGAGUUGAAGCCCACGUCGGUUACCUUACAAUUAGCUGAUAGAUCCAUUAAGGUGCCACGUGGAGUAGUUGAGGACGUUCUUGUUAAGGUUAAUGAUUUUUACUUUCCGGCUGAUUUUAUAGUCCUUGACACAGAACCAGUGCAAACCUUUAAACAAACUCCAAUUAUUCUUGGUCGUCCCUUCUUGGCGACGGCCAAUGCUAAUAUUCAUGUGAGGAGUGGGGAAAUGGAGGUGACCUUUGGAAACAUGACCCUUAAGCUUAAUGUUUACAAGGCUGCAAGACCUUCUCCAAUGGAGGAAGACUGCUUCGCAGUCGAUGUCUUAGAGGACUUAGUGGAGGAGGUGUUGCCUUCUAUUUUGACCGAUGACCCAUUGGCCGUUUGUUUGGCUCAUUUUGACUUUGAGAAUUUUGAUAUUGAUCAGUCUAUUGAGGAGGUUAACACUUUACUUGGUUCUACACACUUAAUGGUCACCCCUCCUCGACAAAUCGAAAUUGAGCCUACACCCACUCUUGUGGGUGAACCGCCCACUCCUUUUGUAAGGUCCCCAUUAGAACUUGGGCUACAGCCUGUGCCGCCUGAAUCUAUGGCUUCAUGUGCUGAUUUGGUAGAUGCUAUUACAAUAGAUUAUGGACCUACGAAGUGUACUCAAAGUUGGGGGGUGACCGAUUGUUUGGAGGGUUGUCGGGAUGUGUGUUCAUUGUUCAAAAGGUGUUUUGGGAGGUUAUUGGAGGAGUUGUUGGAAAAUCCGGGGACCAAAUUGAAGAAAGGCAGAAAUUCUGAGUUAGAAAAAAGUCAGCAUCGGUAG